AUGAGUCCGACGCGCGCGCGCGCCGCCGCCGCCGCCGACGCCGACGCCGACGACGCCGACGCGCUCGCGGCGUGUCGCGUCUUUCUCAAGCUGCGCGCGCUCGCCGUCUGGGACGAUCUCGUCGGACGCGAGUGCGACAUCACGCUCGUGGGCGAUCGCGAGCCGUGCGCGAACGCGCGGUUCGCGGGCGUGGACGCGCGCGAGCGAGCGUUCGCGAUGGAGGCGCUGCGAGGCGCGCUCGGGACGCACGCGAGGGCGCGCGUGCGGUGCGAAGACGUCGUGUCGCUGUCGAUGCGGCGACGCGAUCGAGAGAGCGCGGACGAGGACGAAACGCGGACGAUGACGUGCGAUUCCGACGAUGAACGCGCGCGAUGA